AUGGUGUCAGAGCCACCGCAGUGCAUUGUCGCAGCCUACGAGAAGUGGCUGGCUCCCGUCCUGCUGCACCUGCAUGGUCCUGUGGACACCUCUGCGAAUGCUAUCUCGAAUUUGAAAACUGGCGACAUCGACAGCUCCCUUCCCUCCCGUCGCCAGUUCACGAAACACCAGCGAUCGACUCUCCAGGAGACCUUGCGGCGCCCGACGAGCUGGCCUGUUCAUGAUCGUCAUCCGCGCCCCUCGGAGCUCACGUGCGAGCCGCCGCCGCAGAAACUGCGCUCCUCUAUCAUGUUUUCAGCAUCAGAUGUCGCGGGCGCGGCCCUGCAUCUAGUUCGACGUGCCACCGAAGAAGGCGAUCCCGAAAGUUCAGAUGGCUCGCAGAAGGAAAUUUUCGCCGCAUGGGCGCUGUUCAUUUCCAUCAUGUUGCUCAUCAUUGCUUUCCUGACGAGCUACUUCCUCCAAGAACGGAAGAUUGAAGCUGUCCACGAGACUGUCAUUUCCAUCUUUGCGGGAAUGACUGUUGGUCUUCUCCUUCUCGUGACCUCCGGCGACUCGAUCCGAAACCUCAUCAGCUUCGAUUACCAAAUCUUUUUCAACCUGCUACUACCACCGAUUAUCCUCGCGUCAGGAUACGAACUACAUCAAGCCAACUUCUUUCGGAACAUGGGCACGAUUCUGACCUUCGCUUUCGCCGGAACUUUUCUGUCAGCCGUCGUUAUUGGCCUGAUCCUAUGGCUCUACGCCUUGACCGGCGUCGAGUCCAUAAGCAUGUCCUUCGUCGAUGCCAUCUCUGUGGGAGCAACUCUGUCCGCUACCGAUCCCGUCACCAUCUUGGCCAUCUUCAACUCAUACAAGGUCGACCCGAAGCUCUACACCAUCAUCUUUGGCGAGUCGAUUCUGAACGACGCCAUUGCCAUUGUUAUCUUCGAAACAGCGCAGAAGUACAAGAAAGGCGAUGCUUCUAAGUUGGGUGUCCUGAGCUUCUUCGAGGGUAUCGGCAUUUUCUUGAUCGUCUUCUUCGGCAGCUUGCUGAUUGGCGUACUCGUUGGUGUUCUGACCGCACUGCUUCUGAAGCUCACUUAUAUCCGCCGAUACCCAAAGACGGAGAGUUGCUUGGUGGUUUUGAUUGCAUAUGCGACGUACUUCUUUUCGCACGGCAUACACAUGUCAGGUAUUGUGUCUUUGCUAUUCUGCGGCAUCACACUGAAGCACUAUGCCUACUUCAACAUGUCAAGGCGAACUCAGCUCACGACGAAGUUCAUCUUCCAAAUCCUCGCCCAGCUGUCAGAGAAUUUCAUCUUCAUCUACCUCGGUCUCGCCCUCUUCACGGAUAACGCUCUGCAGUUCCGUCCCCUGCUCAUCAUUAUUACCGUUGCAGCAGUCUGCGCCGCCCGCUGGGUGGCGGUGUUCCCUCUUUCUCGCGCCAUCAACUGGGUCAUUCGUUACAGGGCGCAACGGAGAGGCGGAGAUGUCAGCGACGAGCUCCCGUACAAUUACCAGGCCAUGCUUUUCUGGGCUGGUCUGCGUGGAGCUGUCGGCGUGGCCCUUGCAGCUCUGCUCACCGGCGAGAACUCCUACGCUCUCAAGGCCACCGUUUUAGUCGUCGUAGUGCUCACUGUCAUCAUCUUCGGCGGCACGACUGCGCGCAUGCUGGAGAUCCUAGGAAUUCGCACUGGCGUGGUCGACGAAAUUGACAGCGAUGACGAGUUUGACAUUGAGUCGUUUGGAGGUAACUACUACAAGCGCUCCGGAAGCGGCAUCGGCUUCAUCCCCGGACGGCGAAACGGCAACAUGUCUCUGGACAACAUCGCCUCGCGCAACGGAGCCCGUCCGCCGGUGGGAUCGGAGCGCGGUAGCUACGUCUCCGGCCACCGCUCGCCGAAUCCGAUCCUGCGGGGUACGAGCCUCAGCCGUAAGAACUCCGAGGCCGAGAGGGGCGACCUGCUGGGCCGCAGCGGCAACACGACGGACUCGGAUCUGGGCAGCGACAUCGACACGUCAGACCUCCCGCCCCCCGCCCGCCGGGACCCGCGGCGGACAAGCCCCUUGCUCACGCCCGGCGCGUCGAACUCUUCGACCACGCCCGCGAUCCUCCAAGCCGAACCAUCGCCAGCGGCCGUGGCACCGCACGUCUCCGCGACGUCUGCCAUCAGACAACUGUUCAGCGCAGAGGACCCGGCGGGUCUGUUCAGGCAAUUGGACGAAGACUUCAUCAAGCCGACAUUACUCCUCGACGGCGGUCACAGCAACAACAACAACCACCGUGGGAACGGUUCAGGCCCUGCCUAA